AUAUCUCCAGAAGCAGUAAUGUUGGCUGUCCCCCAAGCAACUCUACCUCUUUCUUGGAAAAAAAGACACUUUACUAUUUUCUCCACAAAUAUCUACUAACUAAUGAAGAACCAAUGCACAUUUAGAUUUGAGAGAACUUGUAAAAAGACCCAAUCAUGAAACAUGUUGGUUUUCUCCGAUUGGAAGUGCGGUCGCAGACCCACUUCCCAGCCGGUAGCUCCAGACCUGAUGCCCCUGUCAUCGUGCAUUCGGCGGCGAAACUUAACAUGCGAGCUGUUAGCAGCAUUGCCGGCGCCGGCGGAAAGGUUUCCGAUAAGCCCUCCAUUUGUACAGCUGACGAGCUCCACUACGUACCGGUGCCGGACUCCCAUUGGCGCCUCGCUCUAUGGCGCUACAGGCCCUCCUCCCCUGUGGGGAUUAAGAGGAACCAUCCCCUGUUAUUGUUGUCUGGAUUGGGAACAAAUGCAAUUGGCUAUGAUCUUGCUCCCGGGUCUUCUUUUGCACGCUUCAUGUCCGUUCAAGGAUUUGAUACUUGGAUUCUAGAAGUCCGAGGUGCAGGCUUGAGUGAAAAUGAUGAAGCAGUGAAUAGAUCUGAUGAUUUUCUCCUAAGGGAGAAACUGAAGGAUGCUUUUGUGCAUAUAGCUGAAGGAUUCUCUAACUUGCUGAAUGAAGGCUUAGCACGAGCUAGACAAGAUUCUGCUGCAAACCAAGUAAGGAAUUGGAGCCAAAAGCUUGGAAAAUUCUUUGCAGGUGGUCAAAAAUCAGUUGGUCUGCAGGAGCAGUUUUCUUUGCUGAUGGAUGACUUUCAGAAACAGCUUGAUCUCAUUCUCAAGUACAAUUGGGACGUUGAUCACUAUCUGGAGGAGGAUGUGCCUGCUGCGAUGGAGUAUGUAAGGACCCAAUGUAAACCAAAGGAUGAUAGGUUGCUUGCAAUUGGCCACUCCAUGGGAGGCAUCCUGUUAUAUGCAAUGCUUUCUCAGAAUGGUUACAAAGGACGGCACUCUGAGUUGGCAUCAAUUGUCACGCUGGGAUCAUCUCUUGAUUACUCUACUUCAAGAUCAUCGCUUAGACUACUGUUGCCCCUAGUAGAUCCUGCACAAGCUUUGAGUGUCCCUGUUGUUCCAUUAGGAGCAUUCAUGGCAGCUGCUUUUCCUCUUGCAUCUCGUCCUCCAUACUUUUUGUCCUGGUUAAACCCACAGGUUUCUGCACAAAACAUGAUGCGACCAGAGAUGCUUGAAAAGCUUGUCUUGAACAAUUUCUGCACUAUACCUGCUAAUCUUCUCGUGCAAUUAAGAACAGUAUUCCAAGAGGGUGGACUACGUAAUAGGAACGAAACUUUCAUUUACAAGCAUCAUCUGAACAAGAGCAAGGUUCCCAUUUUGGCACUUGCGGGAGACCAAGACCUCAUAUGUCCUCCUGAAGCUGUAUUUGAAACUGUAAAGCUAGUUCCGGGAAGUUUUGUGAAAUUCAAAGUUCUUGGAGAGCCGAGAGGUCCACACUAUGCUCACUAUGAUCUAGUUGGGGGUCGCUUGGCACCAAAAGAAGUUUACCCAUGCAUUGUAGAAUUUCUUCAGCAUCACGAUCUGACUUGAAAUCUUCGGGAGACCACAGAGUGCAUAUGAUAUCUGUCUCUGUUGAUAAAGAGGGUAGCCAAAUGAAGAAUUGCGCCAGAAAUUCUGUACAAAAGUGCUGGCCAAUUACAUAAAUCUGAAAAUGUACUGAUAUCUUGUAAUGAAGAAUUGCUGGUGUCUAUGUCCAUCAACCUGUUCUACUUCAA